AUGAGUUCUUCGUCAUCUUCAUCUGGCGACGAUGAACUCAUACUAGCAGCAUUUUCCGAGCGCGAGGAGGAAGAGAGGAUGAACGCUCGACGCCACGGCGGUUCGAAGCAUGGACGUCGAGCAAUUGAUCGAGGAAGAGAUGCUGGAUUUGUUCUUCUGUGGGACGACUACUUCAAAGCAGUUCCUCGCUAUCCCGAACAUUUGUUUCGACGAAGAUUUAGGAUGUCCCGUGAUUUGUUCAACCGCAUAGCUGAUGGUAUACUUGAGCAUGACUAUGAUGGUUAUUUUACGCAAAAAAGAAGUGCUUCUGGAGCUCUUGGGUUACAUCCUCUGCAAAAGAUGACCGCGGCAAUGCGGAUGCUAACAUAUGGAAUAGCUGCUGAUGGUGCUGAUGAGUACAUCCGGUCCGCUGAGGCUACUAAUUUAGAGUCUUGCAAGAAAUUUGUGAUCAAAGUUUGUGAAGUAUUUGGGGAAAGGUACCUGAGAUCUCCAAAUGAGCAAGACAUUGCUAGGUUACUUGCAAUAGGGGAGGAAAGAGGAUUUCCUGGGUCUCUCAAUGAUAUAAAUGUUCUUCAACGUUCUCCUAUUUUUUCAAAGCUAGCCGAAGGUCAAACUCCUGCAGUGAAUUAUAGCAUCAAUGGCCAUCAGUACACAAUGGGGUAUUACCUUGCAGAUGGUAUCUAUCCACGGUGGGCAACAUUUGUGAAGAGCAUACCAGCUCCAGAUACAAGAAAGCAUAAAACUUUUGCGAAGAAGCAAGAGGCAUGCAGGAAAGAUGUGGAACGAGCCUUUGGAGUUUCUCGGUUUUGA